UACAGAUGGCGGUGAGAUUAACAGACCCGCCGCCUUUUAUAAAGCAGCGUGCAGCUAUUCCCCUCAAAUGACUGGACUGUUCCGAGAGGGACCGAUAACGCUUGGCUUUUAUUAGGCUAUUUACCAUUUCAGUCUCAUUUACCGUUAACCUACUACAGAGAGAGAACUCCAUCCUAAUGCGUAAAAAUUUUGAUAACAACGUGCUUAAGUUCAAACGCUGAUCGCGUUCAAAAUCUCGUGUGGGUGAAUCAAGACUGGGUACGGGCUUGCGGACAGCGCCACAGUUCGAGCCGCUACCCACAUCAAGUGACAGGAAAACGUCGUUUAAAGAUUACUGGCUACGUGAGAGGUAGACUUUUAAACUUUAAACGCGACGAUAGGUGGAGGAAACAACGGGGGGAAAGCCGACCCAUAAAAACUAGCCAAGGCAUCGGAAUACGAACUUGAAGAGAUCUGGGUGUUUUCCACAAAACUCUCAGUGCGCAAAUGGAGGCAAUCCGAUCUAUUACCAAUAUGGAUCUUCCUCCUCAGAAUCUCCUGUCAUCAAUCAGCUGUUUUGACCAAACUGACUCGGUACCACAUCAGCCAGGAGGACUGGUCGCGGGCCGAAUUGGGGCACUUGGCUUACCUACCGGAUCUAUGAGGGAGAGGUACGGGGAAAGUGGCGACAUGACUACGGUAGCAGAGAGCAGCGGCGGGGAGCAGAGCCCGGACGAUGACAGCGAUGAAAGGUGCUACAUGACAGACACAGUGGCGUGCAGUGGUCAGUCUUACGUGGGUAAGAAACACGGAGAGCAGAAAUCGCUGAGGCUGAACAUAAACGCGCGCGAGCGGAGGCGUAUGCACGACCUGAACGAUGCGCUGGACGAGCUGAGGUCAGUGAUCCCGUACGCGCACAGCCCUUCUGUAAGGAAACUCUCAAAAAUUGCUACUCUACUCCUGGCCAAAAAUUACAUCCUCAUGCAGGCGCAGGCAUUAGAGGAAAUGAAAAGGUUGGUGGCUUAUCUAAACCAAAGUCAAGGCAUUUCUACAACUUCUCUGACCCCAGCACCUGCACCCAGUCCAGCCUUGGGUGGCUACGAACAACAAAGCCGUUACGCAUUCGGUGCGGGACUUACAGUCUCGUCGUGUGCCGAUAAAUGCGCACUUUUCAGCAACCUCACAUCCAGUGUCUACAAGCCGUGUGCGGACAAGCCCUAAAUGCAAAAAAAAAACAAACGAAAA